UCUAAAUAAAAAAAAAAAGAGAGAAGUUUUUUUAGAUUUGAGAUUCCUCAUCGUCGGUCGGAGAAAAUCAAUGGCAUCAUCUUCGAGCACCACGACGACGACGACAGCUACGGUCUCCACGGAAGAAGACUCCGAGAGAAGAGACAGUAGUAAUUGCUACUUCCCAGACUGUCGCAAAGACGCGAACUGCACCUGCGAGAUUUGUCUCGACAGCCUCAACGCGACGCUCGAUCUCAUGCCUUUGAGCGUGCAGAGAAGCUCACUCACCAAGCUCUCUUACGCAUCGUCCACUUUCAAACCCACCGUUGAGUCCACUCCGACGUCGUUUGACCCGGAUGUAGUAGUCACCACUCCCGCUUCUGUUUCUCGCCCAAUCUCGAGGGUUAUCUCUCAGCCGAAGAAGAAAGUGGCGAAGAAGCCAAAAGAGAACGAAGAGCCGACGAAGAAGAAGAUCAAGAAGGAGAGAAAGACACUGACUUUCGUUGUUUUGGCGAUUGGUUUGGUUCUGUGUUUGGAGUUAGUGUUUGAUUGGAUGGUUAAAGGGGUUUUGAAGACUGAGUUCACGGAGGAGAUAGUGAGAGUCUCUGGGGAGAGAUCUCAGGCUGCUAAUGAUCUUGAUGGGAAGAUGAGAAUCUCGGAAAAUGAAUUAAAGGGUAUUGCUAAAAAUGGAAAGUUUUCUAGCUGCGUAGAUUCCGAUUCUAAAUGGAGAUUCAAUCAGGAUGGUUCGAUGUUGAACUCAAAGUGUGUUCUGUACAAGUCCGUUAUUGAAGAGGUGAGUAUAUGGGGAUGGCCUUUGCAGACGGCUGGACUGUUCAGUACCGGGUUCUCCUCUGGUUCGUUCACCGUCUUAUCAGGCCGUGUAACUGAGUGGCCAGAAGGGAAGUUUGGUUACUCGAUACAUGAGGCCAACACUUCGUGGAGGAGAACAAAAUGGAGCACAUCGGUUCUGCAACUAGAUCCCAACACAUGGGUUCUUGAGUACAGGCUAAGCUCAGUGAUGGAGAGUUCGAGUUUGUUGUCAAUGGCAGUUGAUCUCCUGAGACACAUGAUGGUCCAAGCGGCAAAGAAUGUAAACCGGGAGCUUUUCUGGAUGUUUUCAGCCUCAGGGAGAUUGUAUAGUGAAGUGGUAUCAGAGGCUAGCACUACAAUGACACCAACUUAGCAAUCGUUUUGUUGGUUCUUCCUUUCAAAGCAUUGACAUCUUGUCGCCCUAGAUUGUAAUAGUAUAGUCAUGAAUAACAAGUGCUUGAUUAUUAUGUAGAAGUUGUUUUAAAGUCAUUUUUUGUUGGUUUACUGUUGACUUG